AUGGAUAAACGUCUUGUGAGACUUGAUGUCAUUGAGAAGCAGCUGUCGGAUGUUUCAUCCAAACUUUCUGGAAUGGACCGCCGUGUCGUGUCUCUUAAAACAGCUUCCCACGAUGUCAAUACACGAUUAAUCGAGCUGGAAGCGACACGUGCAUUUGAAUCAAGUGUUAAUGACGAUAUAGCCAAAAAGCAAUCUGCCAUUGAUAACACCCUAAAGGCCGAACGAGAUAAAAUUGCUAGACUUGAAAAGAACCUGGCAAAAGUUAACUCGGUGCAGGAGGACAUUAUUGACUUGAAGUCCCGUUCAAUGCGGAACAAUUUGUUAUUUUUCGGUUUUCCUGAGAAAAGUUCACCUGAUGAUCGGAAAAACGAGGAUUGUUCCAAAAAAAAUUUAACCUGUUUCCGUGAUGUUCUUAAAAUUGAAAAUCCCCAGGACUCAAUCAAAUUCGAGCGGGUACAUCGCAUUGGAAGAUAUGAGCCUUCAAAGAAACGCCCGAUCGUAGCAAUGUUUAAUCAUUUUCCAGACAAGUUGCUAAUCAAGCAGAAAUCCGGGAACAUGCCGAGCAACCGACGACUGAUAACCAUGGAUCCCAGGACACAAACAGAAUCCGGUGUAUUGAGCAGUUUCCGCCAGUCAUCCAGGAGCGCCGGAAGCAGCUUAUUCCCGCUAUGA